AUGCGGCCUGGGAGACCCCAGGGAGUCGCGAGUCCUGCGAGCUGGCCGGGGCGCGCGGGGUGCUCUCCGCGCCAGGUGGGGAGCUUGGAGACCCGGACUCCUAGCGCCCGGAAUCCCUCGCCAGCCCCGGCGAACCGGAGCCUGUCUGGAGCAGGUGGGGACCCGCGAUUGCGAAGCUCGGAGCACUCGGAUUGCGAGUCCUGGGUCCGAGAGAAAGUGCUCUUUCUUCUGCACCCGGAGAGGUGGCUGGGAACCCAAGGGGACCCUGGGAGCGCAAGCCAGGCUGGUGCGGAGGACCUGGUCCCGGUGACUGGGGACCUCCACCAUCAGCACCCGGAACUCAGGACUUCUCAUAGGCGCAUCGCCGUCGCCCGGGAAGCCCAGCCCCGGGACCCCCCAGCCCCACCCAGAUCGGUGCUGGUGCGGGUGGAGGAUUACCACGUCACCCAGGAGGUGCAGCAAACCUCCUGGACCAGGGGGCUCAUGACCAAGAGGACAGAGGAGCGCUCCGUGACCGCGGUCACCUUUCGCGCACCCAGGGAGUGACAGCUUGUGGGGUGCGCGGGGGACCCCAGCCGAACCCAGAGGCACCCAGUGUCCUGACUGGGAAGA